UCAUUGGAUUUGUGGGAUUUUCUCUGUAAAAAUAAGAAUAAAAUUUCUGCAGAAUCUUCCCAAUUUUCCUUCUGCUUUCCCAAAAGCCACAAAUUUGUAGGAAUUUAUCCUUUGAUGCCUUUGGGAUUUGCUCAUUUCAAGCACCUAAGCACCCUCUUCCCUUUUAAAUAAUCCAAGAUUGUCAUAUUUUUAUAAUCUACAUAUUCAUAGAUAUAGUAUUUAUUAAAAAAGAUUCAAUUUUUCCAACACCCAUUUGGAAAUUGUUGUUGGUUUCACCAUCAUGGGUUUUGUUGGUGAAGGUAGUUGUAGUAGUGGUGGUGAUAAAGGAGGGUGCUUUAUUGGGGGUAUGAAAAGUCUUGUAAGAAGGAAGCAGGUUGAUUCUGCAAAUUCAAAAUCAUCUUCUGCAUCUGGUUCUUCUCAUCAAUUAGCCAAAGCCUUAACUAUACCUCAUCUUAUUACUAUAGGGGUUGGUUCAACAAUAGGCGCUGGGGUGUAUAUUCUAGUCGGCACAGUUGCUAGAGAGCACUCAGGCCCGGCACUCACCAUUUCCUUUCUAAUAGCUGGAAUAGCAGCUGCUCUUUCUGCCUUUUGCUAUGCGGAGCUCGCAAGUCGUUGCCCGUCAGCUGGGAGUGCCUAUCAUUAUUCUUACAUUUGUGUUGGAGAGGGUGUUGCAUGGCUGAUUGGUUGGGCAUUAGUAUUGGAGUACACAAUUGGAGGUUCGGCAGUUGCUCGUGGCAUAUCUCCAAAUCUGGCUAUGCUUUUUGGAAGUCCAGACAGCUUGCCGUCUUUCUUAGCUCGUCACACAAUCCCAGGACUGAAUGUUACUGUGGACCCAUGUGCUGCAAUUUUGGUUUUUCUAGUCACUGGACUUCUGUGUGUGGGGAUCAAGGAGAGUACCAUGGUACAAGGAUUUGUCACUUCAGUAAAUGUAUGUGUCAUGGCAUUUGUAAUUGUUGUUGGUGGAUAUCUGGGCUACAAAGCAGGAUGGCCAGGCUAUGAGCUUCCUGUUGGGUAUUUUCCCUACGGAGUCGAUGGAAUGCUUGCUGGAGCUUCAACUGUCUUCUUUGCCUACAUUGGGUUUGAUUCAGUUGCUAGUACAGCUGAGGAGGUGAAGAAUCCUCAACGUGACCUGCCAAUGGGAAUUGGUUUUGCAUUAUCAAUAUGCUGCUCUCUCUACAUGUUAGUCUCUGCAGUUAUUGUUGGUUUAGUACCCUAUUAUGCUAUGGAUCCAGAUACACCAAUCUCUUCUGCAUUUGCAAGCCAUGGAAUUAAUUGGGCAGCAUAUAUAAUAACUAUUGGAGCUUGUACUUCUCUUUGCUCAACAUUGAUGGGUUCUAUAAUGCCUCAGCCACGGAUACUUAUGGCAAUGGCUCGGGAUGGAUUGCUGCCUUCAUUUUUCUCAGAUGUUAACAAGCGGACUCAAGUUCCUGUUAAGGGCACUAUAGCAACUGGUUUACUUUCUGGAACCUUAGCAUUUUUCAUGAACGUUGAACAGUUGUCAGGAAUGGUCAGUGUUGGUACACUUCUUGCGUUUACAAUGGUGGCUAUUUCGGUAUUGAUUCUCCGAUAUGUACCACCAGAUGAGGUCCCAGUUCCCUCCUCUUAUCAGGAGGCAAUUGACUCAGUAAGCCUGCGACGUAGUAGCUGUAGUAGUAGUUCAGAUAUGGAUGUCGAGAAAACCAAAAUUCCAGCUGUGACCUCUGGUGAUAGCACUCCAUUGUUAGGCGAGAUUUCAGUUGGGCAUCCUCUUGUGGAAAAAGCCGCAGCAAAGUUGAGCUAUCUAGGAAGCCAAAGGCGGAAAGUUGCUGGCUGGACAAUUAUGUUCAUCUGUAUUGGAGUAUGCAUCGUUACAUCCGCUGCUUCAAUUGUUAACUUGUCUAAUCCUGCAAGGUACGCACUGUCCGGAAUUGGUGGUUUGCUUCUGAUAUCUGGUCUAAUAGUGCUCACUUGCAUAGACCAGGAUGAUGCGAGGCACAGCUUUGGACACACCGGAGGUUUCACUUGUCCGUUUGUACCACUUCUGCCUAUUGCCUGCAUUCUCAUCAACGUCUACUUAUUAAUUAAUCUUGGUGGUGAAACUUGGGCCCGUGUAUCCAUAUGGCUAGUAAUAGGAACGUGCAUAUAUGCUUUGUACGGCCGAACCCACAGUUCACUAAAGACUGCAGUUUAUGUUCCUUCAACUCACGUGGAUGAAAUCUACGAAACUUCAGCCAUCUCCCUUGCAUGUUAACACAUGCAUCUGUCGAGUCAAGUGAAAGAACCUUGUUUUCAGUUACACACGGUUUACUGAAGAAGCAGCUGUAUAUUUC